UAUGGUUUAGAUUUCCUAAAUUAUCACUUGUUCUACUGGUAGUGUUGUGUUUGCUUACUUUGCUUUCCUUGCUUUCCUGUUUUGUUCUGAUUAAAGAGCCACAAUGGUGACGGCAGCUCGGCCAGGCUCUGUGGCACUGCUGACACUUUUUGCUUUUGGUUUUGCAGACGCCAUUCGAACUUUGAGAGAUGGACCAAUGAUCGAUGCUGAAGGAAGGGAAUAUAAAACUGCUGCAUUAGGGUUUGACACAGAAAAUCAAAUCAGUGAACCACAAUUCAAUGAGGGAUCCACUAUCAGUGUACAAUGCACAGAAGUGUCCAUAAUCAUUGCGGUAAAGGCUGACCUCUUUAAAAAUGGACGCCUUUUGUCUCCAUGGGAUUUUUUUUUGGGAGAAGUCAAGCAUUCACAGAGCAGUCAGUGUCGACCUGUUGCUGCUGGUGACUCUGAAUAUGUAUUUGAAGCUGGACUACAAGACUGUGGCUCCAAAGUGACUGGAAGUUGGGGGGGGGCAAGAGACAGACAUAGACGCCUGUUUAUCGACGGCUGUGUCGCCGCUCUGUCUCCUGACCCGAGAUCAGCCCCCAGAUACUACUUUAUCGAAAACCAUGGGUGCUUCAAUGAUGCCAAAGAGGAAGGAUCAAAUGCACUUUUCAAUCCCAGAACAAGAUCUUCUUCUCUUCAGCUGCAGCUCGAUGCCUUCCUGUUUCCCCAGGACACAAGGAACUCAAUUUUUAUCACUUGCCAGCUGAAAGCGACCUCUGAAAUGCGGAAGAGCAGCCCCGUCAACAAGGCCUGCAAUUAUAUAAAUUCAAGAUGGAUAAAUGUCGAUGGCAGUGAUGAUGUGUGUCGAUGUUGCGACGAUACAUGCUCCAGCAACUCUCCCACCGGUCAAACAACCUCGGAAGUCUGAUCCCUGAAGAUUUGGUGGCACGUGAAACUGUUACUCUGGGCCCUUUGAUGGUUUUGCCAUACAAGUAGGCGAAGCAUAACAAUCCAGACAAUAAAGGAUUCAAUAUUUGUCUAUCAAUCUCACCCUCCCUGACCAAACUUCAGCGUAAUACUUAUAGCUUAAUACUAGCAAAACGAUUAUUUUAAUGAUUGUUUAGUAAGGAAUGUUUAUACAACAUAAACAUUAAAGAAACAAUGAUGUUUAGUCUUUACUGUUAAUACCUAACAUGGCUCUAAACAAAGCCACACAACUGGUCUGAUGAAACAUCCCCGUAAAUAAAAACAGAUUACACUGUAUGAACAUUAAAUGUUGCUGUCAGGAUAGACAUGUAUCAGUGUUUGAAAGAGGAAAAUAAAAUGUGAAUUUCUCUUACCUUCAAAAAGCUGAAUGAAAAUAAGAAUGCAUGCCAAGCUCGUCUUCAUGGCCUUUUCACUUAUGAACUCACUAAUAAAUACUAAAGCUGACUCACA